AUGAUCAGGUGGAUUAUACGUCCCUAUCAACGGCGAUUUCGUUCUCGACGAUCUAUUAUCUUUCCAAUAGUGAUAUUUAUGUUAACAACUAUUCUUCUCUAUACACGUGUUGAAUAUUAUACAUUGACAACAAAUUAUAUAAAUUCAUCAUCAUUAUCUUCAAAAAUAACAUAUGAUAUACAAUCUACUUCUAUCAAUUUCAUCUGUGAAUUAAAAAAUGAUACAAUACGUGCAAUUAAUCAAGCACCUAGUGAUUAUUGUAAAGAAAAAAUAAAAAAUAUUUCUUGCCAAAUUGAUUCUACACCAAAUUUUUUCCCAACAUCAUUACCACGUUUUUGUCCCAUUCGAAAAGGUAAUUUUGGUGAUAUAAUUGGUUGUAUUUCAAAUGAGGAUAAUUCAACAUAUGGUACAAACAAAUUAGAAGUGUUUAAUACUGAUAUUAUGUGUAUAGAUCACUGUUUGAAGCUUAGUGUUUCAUUUGCUGGUAAUGUCUGAAUAAGUUUUUUUUCAUAACAGAAAUGAGAUAUAAUCCUAAGCAGUUUUUUUCGUUUACACUGUCACGUUAACAAACGAUACGAAUUAAUAAAAAUUCAGACAUAUAUGAAGUCCUUGUCAAUUACGAGUGAUCAGAGAAAAACUGGUUCUAACCAAUAUUAGACAUGACCCAAACCCAAACUGUUUGGGUUUGAGUUUGGAUUUGUGCUUUUUUAAUCUGUGAAAGGAACUAUUUUGAAUACAUUGAUGGUAAUUGAAAGUAGACCCAAACCCAAACUCAAACUCUCAAACGGUUUGAAUUUGAGCUUGGGUUUGGGUCAUGUCUACCCAAAACACUACUCAAAAUUCUUCUUUUGUAUUAUCGCUGUUCGUUUUUUAUACUCGAAUACUGAGAUAAUUUUAACAAUAACAUUUUAUCGUAUAUUUCAGUACAUGCAUAUCUAAGAUACUAUUUCCUAAUCUUUUGUGUUUUUAUAGAGUAUAAAGAAUUUACCAAUCAAUGUUCUUGUUUAUCAACAUUUGAUAAUCAACG